AUGACGUGGUCAUAUGUGGCUCAAUCUGCGGGGUCAGCAUUACUAGACACAGCCUACAAGCGCCUGCACUCGCAGAGCAAUGCCAAAACUGUCCAGCUCCGAUGUGGCUUUGUUGUGGCAGUUGUGGCAGUUGUGGCAGUUGUGGCAGUGUUGACUAGCAUAGCCGCUGAUGCUAUCGGAGCAGAUUCCGGCGUCUAUCUCACCACCGCAUUCACGAAGCUUUCUGUUGGUUACCGAGGAGAUUUCUUGACGGGGGUCAGUGUCCUUGAUAUAACCUGUCAGGACGAAGGGUCAAAGAUAUAUGGAUUUGAUCUAUCUGAUCUCAAGAGAGUGGUUGGUUGUGUUGGAAGAGGUGGUGGUCAGAGACCACGCAGGAAGAAGAGGCAAAGGAUCAGCUGA